AUGUCGAUGCGAUUUUCGGACGGUUCGCAGCUCCCUGAGCAAAGGCGAGGCGAGGCGAACCCAGUAGCGGGCCUGGGUGAGGAGGGCUCAGCCUCACCAGUUUGGCGAUUCGAGGGCCUCUGCCCUGGCGCCGCCUCGAGCUCGAAUCACGACACGCUGUUGCCUCCCUCUUCCCACCCUCUGCCACACUCGCGCGCGCUGCUCAGGAUCGAGCUCAGCCGACACUGGCCUGGUGCUGCUUUGUCGGCGCCAACCGACCAAGACGCGCCCUCACCGAUAGCCAGCCAACCAGCCAGCCGUGCUGGAUUUUCGAUCGGAAAAUCCCAUUUCGAUCGGGCAAGGAACCGCAAUUGGAGCUCAAUCGUCCUCCCUCUUCACCUCAACACCCUUGAUCUCUCUAUCCGUCGCUGGUUCGCACUGCUUGGCAACAUGUCGAACCCCAACCUCGCCGAGGUGAUGGGAGAUGGUCCCGCCUCCAUCGCCGACAAGCUUACCUUGCUUCCUGGCUACGAGCCCGACUUCUCCGCCGUCACCUUCUGUCUCAAGGAGGAGGACCACACGCUCGGCAACUCGCUCCGAUACAUGAUCAUGAAAGACCCCCGAGUCGAGUUCUGCGGUUACAGCAACCCGCAUCCUUCGGAAAACAAGAUCCACCUCCGCGUCCAGAUGUAUGGCGUGCAUCUCGAAGCGGUGGCAGCGUCGUCGUCGUCGAACCGAGUCACAAUGAUGCAGUUCGCUGACUCUUUUUCCACGCUUGCUUUCUCGACCAUGCGAUUCGUAGACCGCGCUUCGGCUCUGGAUGCGCUGCGCGACGCGAUCGAGAACCUGGACCAGCUCUUCGCUGCCAUCGGCGAAGCAUACGAGAAGAACCUCAGUGCCGGCAACUUUGAGAAGCACGUGGAGCCCAAGAUUGACCACGACGCGCUCGCGAUCCUGGCGGAAGAAGGCAAGAAGCGUCGCGCCGAGGAGCAGGCCAAGCUGGCCGAGUCGCGCGCGCAAGCGGCUGCCGCAGCUGCCGGUCGCCCCAUGUAA